AGAAGCGCGUAGUCUCUCAAUGUACCUCAUUUGUUAGAAUAGUGGGCUGAACGAAAGUGUUCGUGGGCCUAUCGAAUUUUCUUUGCGGUCCACCAUCAAUGCAGCCCUGAUCUUACUCUUUCGUGAAUGCGGCUGGUACAACGUGAUCAACAUCCUGGCGUCUGUAAAUAAUCAGCCCGGGCGCUGUUAUUGGUUGUGGGAAGCGUUCCGGCGAAGUCGGUAAUACGUACAGUAUGAUACCAUGGAUGAGAGAAAAGUUUGCCGAGAGACGUGCCCGUUGGCAGCAGUCGCGCAAGCAGCCACGCGCUCCCGGCGAUUGUACUUCAAGCUGUAGUUCUGCUUCAUCCAGCUCGGGUGCCCCUUCAAGUGAACCUUCGUCAGGAACUCCUCCCGCCACCAGCGGAUCACCUGGCCACGGCCGUCUUCACGGCCUCCGAAAUCAUCGCUAUGGACAACGAGUCAUAGGGACACAAAUAGCACAGCAAUCUCAGCAACCAUCGACAUCAAACAGUGGGAGUGGCGGGACAUCGUGGCGAACGCGACCUUCACCAGACGGAGCGAAUGGGGAAACCAAAGCCGAGCAAGGAGCUGAGCAGCAGAUUACGUUAAGGAUUAUAAGCCCUCGGGGAGGCAUGGUCAAUGUGGAUGUUAGUCGUGUUCUAAAUGGACGCCAGUUGAAAAUGCACGGCCUGGAGAAGUUCGCCAGCAAUGCCUUUACGAUGCCACACUUUUCAUCGGAUCUUGACAAGCUAGCCGACCGCUAUCGGCUGAUACGAUCCCACAACAAACGAAUUUUCCGCGACGACGAUCUGUUACUUUACGUGCAUGACGACGAAGAGUUUCUGUUAAUUGCUAAACGUAUUGACAAGCCUCACGUCGAGGAUAUUACGAAGGGACCUUCAGUUGCAGAUAUUUUAGCUGCUACGCGACACAUUCCUCUAUCGCGAAUUAAUCAGGCAUCGGUGAAUUUUAAUCUUGGCAUGGUACAAGCGGAUGAACUUCAACAAGAUCUCCGGCGUAUUAUUAUAUCACUUUCGAAAGCAUCGGCAUACAUACUAGGAACUGGAACAUGCGCGGAAAAGCUAAUUGCGUUGUUCCAACAACGUCUCAUAAACAGAAAACGCCAUCAAAUUAGUUCAAUAGAAACGCUACUGGAGAUGGGAUUUUCCCUGGAUAAGAUAAAUCAAGCCUUGCAAAUUACCAAAAAUGUCUUUCCAGCGGCUCUAGACUGGCUCAUCCAGAACGAUAGUUCAGCAAAGCUUUUUAACUGUGAUAAGAGCGCUUCAUGUGCAUCGACUUCAACUACAACAAACCAAACUCACUUACCAGUGGGCACGCAGGAAUCUGGCAAUAGUAACAACGGAAAAAACUCAGACACCAGCAACGAAAGUAGAUCCCUAUCGACAUCAUCCUCGAUCAGAGAUUCUAUCGAUGAACCUGAAGAACGCGAUGAAGACGCUUUUGAUGGAGACAGCGAAGGUGAAAUAGGUGGUUCUAAAGAAAAGUAUCCUUUCAAGACCAAGCGAGAUAACAUCGUGACGCUGUUGGAGAUUGUGCGGUUGUAUUCAGAGAAAAGCGUUGUUCCGGCAUCAGAUUUGCUCGCCACCAUGAUGGAAAUGGGUUUUGAGGAAGAGAGCGUUCGAGAAGCUUUAAUUGCAACACACAACAAUCAGACCGCCGCGUGUGAGUGGUUGCUGGGAAAUCGGGCGAAAAGUGUACAGGGUUUAAACGAUGGGCUGCCGAUGGAGUCCCCUAUUUUACGUGUUCUAAUGGAAUCACCACAAGUACAAGUUAGCUUAGGAAAUCCAAAAAUGUUUAUUGCACUGAUCACAAUGUUAGAAAACUCCUCAACAAUGACCAUGUGGCUUAGCGACAACGAUACUUCCUCGGUACUGGGGCACAUCCUACGUACAUACCAUGAGGAGAAACACAUACUUGCUAUCAAUCAAUACAGCAACGCACCGCAAAAUAGCUUCAGCCAACGAUAAACCACAAUUAUCCACAAUAUUGCACGUGGCCUUGGCCUCCAGCGUCUCGAUAUUGGUGCUUUUUAUGAGAAAUUUAACUUCAGUAGAAAGAACAAGAAAAUAAGAAGAAACAAGAAAAGAUAGAACAGUAGAAGAAACAAGAACAAGUCAGCUCUUCGCGGAAUGCAGUGAGGAUAAACAAAAUUAUAGAUGUACCGAUAGUCUUUCGAUAGUAAUGUUACUGGCUAGGCUUCUACAACUAAAUCCAAGUUCAAAUAUUGUUAUUGUGGCUAAAAAGGUAGACUUCAAACCGUGAUGGUGUUUUGGGCUUCAGCAGUGAAGUGAAGUAUGAAAUCCAACGUAACUCCAAGGCUUAGCGAACAGAGUAUUUUACCAUUUGGCCUCUAGAUGCAGUACUUUCGAGAGUUGAACAAACAAGUCAGUGAACGCGUUUAUUUGAGUAGAUUUGUAUCGUUCGUACAAAAGGUUAAAGAAAUUGAAAUAAGAAUGCAUAGGUUGGUCUUCAACUAGCAGAUCAUUUUGAGUAUUAAUGGCCACGGAAAAUAUUGGUAAUCGAGCAAGUUACGGACCCCAAAGAGAAAUAUAUACAGACAAUAUAAUUGAUAUUUCACGGAGUUCAACGAAGAUUUGUGAUUAACGUAGUGUAAAGUUACUAAAUCUGUAACAUUCAUUCUAUGCAGUACCACCAAAAAUCUAAACCACUAGUCAACGAAUGUAGGAAAAAAUGAA